AUCCACCGAAAUACUAAACGGUAUAAGCAAAAAGCAUCAGCAAUAUGGUCAGAUUGACAGCUAGGUAUUACACAAUGGGACUAAUUAGCCUGGAAAGAAUAAUUGCACUACAAAAGAAGACUGCUAACAUAAGAAAUAUCUGUAUAUUAGCACAUGUGGACCAUGGAAAAACAACGUUAGCUGACUGCCUUAUAUCUAGCAAUGGGAUCAUCUCAAACAGACUUGCUGGAAAGUUACGUUACUUGGACAGUCGUGAAGAUGAGCAGAUCCGGGGCAUCACAAUGAAAUCUAGUGCCAUAUCUUUGCAGCACAAUGAAGGAGAUAAAGAAUACCUAAUCAACCUAAUUGAUUCUCCGGGGCAUGUGGAUUUUUCUUCUGAGGUCUCAACUGCUGUCCGUCUUUGUGAUGGGUGUAUCAUCGUGGUUGAUGCAGUGGAAGGAGUUUGUCCUCAGACACAAGCAGUAUUAAGACAAGCUUGGCUUGAAAAUAUUCAACCCGUACUGGUGAUAAAUAAAAUAGAUCGCUUGAUCACUGAACUCAAAAUGUCUUCUCAGGAAGCAUAUGCUCACCUCCAGAAGAUACUAGAGCAGGUGAAUGCAGUCACAGGAACUCUGUUUACAUCUAAGGUGUUGGGAGAGAUGGCUGAGAAGGAUAUAGACAGUAAGGCUUCUGCAGAAAACGUGGACGGAGAACAUGUUUAUGACUGGAGUGCCGGUUUGGAAGAAACUGAUGAUUCUCACCUCUACUUCUCACCAGACCAAGGCAAUGUGGUAUUUGCCAGUGCCAUAGACGGCUGGGGAUUUACUAUUGAUCACUUUGCACAGCUGUACAGCCAGAAAGUUGGUAUCAAAGCUGCUGUUCUGCUGAAGACACUCUGGGGGGAUUUCUAUCUGAAUUCUAAAGCUAAGAAAAUUAUGAAAGGAGCUCAGAGCAAAGGAAAGAAACCUUUAUUUGUGCAUCUUAUUAUGGAUAAUCUGUGGAGUCUGUAUGAUGCAGUUAUUAAAAGAGAGAAGGAGAAAAUAGAUAAAAUAAUUUCAUCUCUGGGAUUAAAAAUCAGCCCUCGGGAAUCCCGGCACUCUGACCCAAAGGUGCAUGUGAAUGCGAUUUGCAGUCAGUGGCUUCCGAUAUCAAAAGCUGUUCUUUCAAUGGUAUGUAGAAAGCUCCCGAGUCCCUUGGAUGUCUCUGCGGAAAGAGUGGAAAGGCUUCUGUGUGUUGGUGCCAGAAAGUUUGAUUCUCUGCACCACAAACUCAGCCAGCUGAAAAAAGAUUUUCUGCAGUGUCGAGGUGAGGAGACUGCACCAGUCAUUAUUUUUGUUUCCAAAAUGUUUGCUGUCGAUGCAAAAGCUCUACCGCAGAAUAAGGUGAGGCCAUUAACUCAAGAAGAAAUUGCACUGAGAAGGGAGAUUGCAAGACAGAGACACGCUGAAAAGAUGGCAGUCAAUCAGGGACAACAGCCUGCCGAGUCGGCUCCCUCCAGCAGUGAAUGUGAAAUGACUGCAAACAAUGAAAACACAAAAGGUGAUAAUCAGGUGCUCACCACAGAAAAAGAAAUGGUUACACAAAAGAGUGAGAAACAGGACGACGACGACAAGAGCUGUUUUAUUGCUUUUGCACGAGUAUUUAGUGGUGUUGCUCGUAGAGGGCAAAAGAUCUUUGUUUUGGGACCAAAAUAUGAUCCAGCUGGAGCACUACCAAAGUUGCCUCCCGACUGCACAGCUGCUAAUGAUCUGCCGACCAUCCCUCACAUGGCAUGUUGCACCAUUAACAAUCUUUAUCUUCUCAUGGGUCGGGAACUGGAGGACUUGAAUGAAGUGCCCGCAGGCAAUAUCUUAGGUAUUGGGGGACUGGAGGACUUUGUUCUGAAGUCCGCAACGUUGUCUACAUCCCCAGCAUGUCCGCCAUUUAUUCCACUGAAUUUUGAAGCAACACCAAUUGUUCGUGUAGCAGUUGAACCCAAACAUCCAAGUGAAAUGCCUCAGCUGGUCAGAGGAAUGAAGCUUUUAAACCAAGCUGAUCCCUGUGUAGAAGUUCUAAUACAGGAAACCGGAGAGCAUGUUCUUAUCACUGCAGGAGAAGUGCACCUACAGCGCUGCCUGGAUGACUUAAGAGAAAGGUUUGCAAAGAUUGAAGUCAGCUCAUCGGACCCUAUAAUUCCAUUUAGAGAAACGAUAAUAAGACCACCAAAAGUGGACAUGGUCAAUGAAGAUAUUGGAAAACAGCAUAAAGUGGCUGUCAUACACCAGGUAAAGGAGGAGCUAAAUAAGGCUCCAGAGGGUGUCCAGAUUGAUCCAGAUGGACUGGUGACUAUGACUACUCCAAAUAAAUUAGCCACACUUGGCGUCAGAGCAAUGCCACUGCCUGAGGAAGUAACUCAGCUUCUGGAAACCAACAGUGAUUUGAUUAGAACUAUGGAGCAGAUUAACUUGGCCUAUAAUGAGAGUAGCAGUCCCAUUUCAGUCAAUCAGAUAACCACAGAAAAAAUUCAUGAGUUUAAAUGUAAACUGGAACAACAUCUGCAGGGUAGAAGGUGGAGAAAUACUGUAGAUCAUAUAUGGUCAUUUGGUCCUAGACACUGUGGGCCAAAUAUUUUAGUGAAUCAUAUUGAGGGUUAUGAAAGACCAUCUGUCUGGCAGUGCCUUGACAAGAUAAAUAAAGAAAGAAAAUAUAGGAACUUGGACAACAGUAUAGUCAGUGGAUUUCAGCUGGUGACACUCUCUGGCCCAAUGUGUGAAGAACCUCUCAUGGGUGUCUGUUUCGUUGUGGAAAAACUGGUUAUGUCCAAGAUAAAGAUUGCAAAACAAGAUUCAGAUGAAAAUAUUGGUGCAGAGGAAGAACAAAGCGACAGAGAAACUACAUCUGUGUUAGCUGACAGCACUCUGAAAUCUUUACUUCAGGAAGGUGAAGCUGAUCCUGAAAGUCAGAGCGGUGCAAGAGCUUCUGAUAAGUCCAGCAGACGUAAAGGGGAGUUAUAUUUAUCAGACUGUUAUGGACCAUUCUCUGGACAACUAAUUGCUACUAUGAAGGAAGCAUGUCGGUAUGCAUUCCAAGUAAAGCCCGCAAGACUUAUGGCUGCCAUGUACACUUGUGACAUAAUGGCCACAGCGGAAGUGUUAGGUCGGGUCUACGGUGUCCUGUCCAAACGAGAAGGUCGUGUCCUGCUUGAGGAGAUGAAAGAAGGAACAGAUAUGUUCAUUAUUAAGGCGGUGCUGCCAGUGGCUGAAAGCUUUGGCUUGGCUGAUGAAAUAAGGAAGAGGACAAGUGGUCUGGCCAGCCCACAGCUGGUGUUUAGCCACUGGGAGGUUAUUCCAAGUGAUCCAUUCUGGGUACCAACCACCGAGGAGGAAUAUUUGCACUUCGGAGAGAAGGCAGACUCUGAGAACCUGGCACGGAAGUACAUGAAUUCAGUGAGGAAACGGAAAGGACUUAAUGUAGAAGAGAAGAUUGUGGAGCAUGCAGAGAAGCAAAGAACGCUGGGCAAGAACAAGUAACAAGAUGGAGACAUCGUUUUCAGGUUAUUCACGAGGAUAAUUUAUUGCAAUCGAUAUUUCAUUAUUUUUCAGAGUUUGUGAUCCGAUUUUAAUAAAGAUGACAGAUCAAACAAAUGAAACAA